GGUCCGGGGGUAGCCGCGGCCGCUGCAGCCCGCUCGCGCCCCGCGCCUCGGAUCCCGGACCUGCCUCCGCCUCUCCUCCCUCCGCCCGCCGCGCGUCCUCCCGCCGCCCCCGCCGCCGCGCCCCCGUGGCUGCCGCGGCGGACUGGGGAGGGGGCCCGGAGCGUCGGCCGCCAGCUCGGCUCGGCUCGGCCCGGCCCGGAGGCGUGCAUGCCCCAGCUGCCCGCGGCGCUCACCAGCAGCAUGCUCUAUUUCCAGAUGGUGAUCAUGGCAGGGACGGUGAUGCUGGCAUACUACUUCGAGUACACGGACACGUUCACCGUGAACGUGCAGGGCUUCUUCUGCCACGACAGCGCCUACCGCAAGCCCUACCCGGGCCCGGAGGACAGCAGCGCGGUGCCCCCGGUGCUUCUCUACUCCCUGGCCGCCGGCGUCCCCGUGCUCGUGAUAAUAGUUGGAGAGACUGCUGUGUUUUGCCUACAACUAGCCACAAGGGAUUUUGAAAACCAAGAAAAAACUAUUUUAACUGGAGAUUGUUGCUAUAUAAACCCACUGGUGAGGCGAACUGUCCGAUUUCUUGGAAUUUAUACAUUUGGACUAUUUGCUACAGAUAUCUUUGUAAAUGCUGGACAAGUUGUUACAGGGAACUUGGCCCCACAUUUCCUUGCCCUGUGUAAGCCCAACUACACAGCACUGGGAUGCCAGCAGUACACGCAGUUCAUCAGCGGGGAAGAGGCCUGCACCGGCAACCCGGAUCUUAUCAUGAGAGCCAGGAAGACAUUUCCAUCCAAAGAAGCGGCUCUGAGCGUCUAUGCAGCUAUGUAUCUGACAAUGUACAUUACCAACACAAUCAAAGCCAAAGGAACCAGACUGGCUAAGCCAGUUCUGUGUCUGGGCUUAAUGUGUCUGGCCUUCCUUACGGGACUCAACAGAGUCGCCGAAUAUCGGAAUCAUUGGUCAGAUGUGAUAGCAGGCUUUCUGGUUGGAAUAUCCAUAGCAGUGUUUCUGGUCGUAUGCGUGGUAAACAAUUUCAAAGGAAGACAACCAGAAAACGAGCACGUACACACGGAUAAUCUGGCACAGACACCAAUGAUCGGCAUUCCUCGGGUAGAAAGUCCUUUGGAAAAGGUAACAUCUGCACAGAACCACAUCACCGCCUUCGCGGAAGUCACAUGAUAUUGAAGCAGAUGGUUUUUCACUGCAUUGGACAUCAUCUCUUUUUACCAUUCAUUCAUAACACCCAAAGUUUGUUUGAUUACAAAAGAAGUUUAUAAAGUUGUCUAAUAAUUUUUAUAAUUUUAAAAUCAAUGUCAAACUAUUUGUUUUCCCCCACUAGACUGUGAGCUCCUCAAGGGCAGGACUGUGUCUUUUUUUCCCACAUCCCCAGCACCUACAACCAAGUCUAGCACAGAGUAGGUGUUCAAUAAAAAUGUGAUGAUUGAAUGAACAAAUUAAUUCUGAAAUAAAACAUUCUUUUUAGUUUCUUAUAGAAUCACUUGCAACUAUGUUAAGAGAAACCACUCUAUGAAUCAUAUCUGCAUCUGAAAACCCUCUAUUUUGGGCUAAUUCUGUUUUUUAAUUUUUUAUACAUCUAUUCAACAGUAUGCCAUAUUUAAUUUGAAGUGGAAUUUGAAAGUCAUGGGGGUUUUUAUUUUAUUGUUCAGCAUGACAUUUCCAUUCUAACUGAUUUCAGUGUGUGAAAUUAGUUUACUUUUAGAAAGUACUAAAAAUAAUGUUUGCACAUUAUAUUAUGCUAUAUUUCACUUAAAAUAUCAUUCGUACUAUAUAUUCUAAGACUGGUGCUUCUGCUUUUGAAGGGGAAAAUGCCAAUUUUUACUGUAAUAAGUAAUGUAUCAUAAUUAAAAAUUAUUUAUUUGGACUUCUUUUCCUGACAAUUGUGAUUUAAUUGAUGACUUGUAGUGUUUGAAUGCAGGCACUAUUUUAUUUAGGAUAGUUCAAAUGAGUAAAUCCAGCACUAAUCCCUUGUUAUUAACUAAGUUUCCAUUGACAACAGCGUCUCAAGAGUGUUCAAAGGCUCUAUUCUGAAGCUUUUUUACUAAUCAAGCUUCUGCAUAACUUAAACAGGAAAGAACCAAAUCCUGACACAUAAUUUAAAUUAUAUAAAUGUUAAAAAUAUGGCUCAUGUAUUUUACUUUGCAUCUGUGUAGUACUUUAUAGUUUACAGAGUAUUUCAUUUAAUCCUCAUAAUAGCCCAAUGUAAAUGUUAAAGAGUAUGGCUUCAUUUUUAUAAAUGAAAAAAAAAAAUGAAGCCAAGACAGGGUAAAUAUCAUGCCCCAUCUCAAACUAGUAAGAGGCAUAAUUGAAACUUAAAUUCAGGUUUUCUGACCCCAACCCCAUUUUGCUUUCAAAUACGCCAUGGCUGCCAUGGACACCAAGGCCCUUCAGAGAGCCAGAAGAAUGCUGAGUAAAUACCUAUAGUUUUAAAAACGAAGACAUGCCAAAAUAGAGUUACGAGAGCUGUCAUAUUUUAAGUGUUUAAAGAAUGAACACUUUUUAAAUAUACAGCUAUAUGUAAUAGUAACCUAUUUAUAAAGCUUUUAAAAAUAAUGUCAAAACUCUAGAUGAGAACCUUUGUAAAUGAAACCUGAAGUCAGUGUCUCUCUGCCUUUGCACCUAGAACCCAAUCCCAAAUCAGGAGAGGGUGUGAGGGGCGGAACUUACAUUGAGCAUGUGGAAUUAAGGAUGGAAAUCACCAUACUAUAAGGAAGAUAGGCCCCUCCGCAAUCAUUUGGCAGUUUCUAAAGCUACCCUGAGUAACCUUGGCUUAUGCAUGAGUCACUACAGAAGUUUGGAGACAGUCUGUAUUAUGGUCCAUUAUUUCACUUCCAAGAAAUACAGUCAACGGCAUCUUCACAGAUUCACCCUUGCAAGUUUCAUCUUGCUCGGGUUUUCCGUGUCACUGGAAGGGCUUCAUUGGCUUCAUUUUUUUUUCAUCCAUGAGGAUUUUGCAUUUUCUGAUUUUCGGCCAUCUCAAAACUUUAAUAAUGACCCACCUAUGAAUGAUAGUUUACUAAAGUGAAUCUUUCUAAUGUUGACACUAUUUAAAAAAGUAAACUUUAAAUAUUCUCUGUAAUUUCAAUAGAAAUCAGCAAAUAACCAAAGGUUGCCCAUUAUUGUCAAAAUAGAUGUUACUUGCCCAUUUCCAUCACUGUGGGAAUUAGAACACUUCUACUAGGUUUCAACAACAACAACAAAACCUAUUUUCAGACCUCUAUAAUAAUUUAAUUCUUUGGGGAAUCUAAAGGAUAAAAGAGCCUUGAUGCCUUGACCCUCUUUAAAUAAAUUUUAGAUUUAUUUAAAUAAAUUUUAGAUUUAUUCCACAAUAACAUCAAUGUGGAAUUCACUUAUUUGGAAUGGAAGUGAAAGAAAGAUCAUAAUGUCUUGGAAGGUGGUUUGAUUAGUUCUAUUUGCUCUAAAUUAGUUUUCUAACAAGCAAGUAGGAAGCCUUAGCGUAUACAUUCCUAUGCUCUGAUAUCAUUACACCUUCCUAAAGCCAGUCUGAAUGCAAGAGUUACCAAUUCUUCAAAAACCCAUCUUUAACCCAGGAUCAGAGUAAAAUCAUCUCUAGUAUUUAAACAUUAUGGACCCAAGAUUGUGCAAAGAAUAACUCUGUCAUGAAAGAUAUUCAUUAAAAAAAGAUAUAUGUGAAUAAGGCAAAAGCCAGCAUAGAGCCCUUAGUCAUGAUGCUGUUACUGACAAUAAUGAAAAACACACUUAAGAAAAUAUUAGUAUGUAAAUAUGUACAUAUAUAGUCUAGUAAAAGCAGGCAAACACAUAUCUUUCUGAUGGAAAUAUCUCCUUUUAUUCUACUUACUUGGGGCCCAGGUCAGCAUAAAUUGGUCAACCUGAAAAUUUAGGUAGUCUCUGUUUGCAUGGCAGAAAUUCUGCACAUGUUUUAUCUGAUUCUUAUGAUAACUUAAAAGGCUCUUUUAUGUUAAAAGAGAGGUGAACCUUCUUUGACAGACUUUGUCUAUUCCACUUCUAACCGGGCCUCUCUUUUCUCAGGAUCUAUCCUAGCCAAAUAUCUUAGUUACAUUUACCAUACAGUUUCCUUUGUGAAAGAGCAGUAGGGGAGGAAAUAAUUCUCUGCUGUGUAUUGUAUUUUUCAAAUAAAAUUUUAAAAAUUACAUU